UUGUUAGUUGAAUUUGUUGCCUGAUACGGAAAACAUUUGCGUUUUGUAAGCGCGCUCAUUCGCUGCCUGCUCGCCAGCUGAAAGAAACUACUGGAUGUGGUUGUCUUUCUAUUAUUAUUAUUUUUUUUUUUUUUUUUGCUUUGCUCUUCUGUGUUGUGUUGUGCUGUGCUCUGAGUGUUGUUAACAAACAUAUUCAUGUCCAAUAAUAAGAAACAACAACGAAUAAGAAAAUUCAACGACACAACAACCAGCUAAGCAGCGAGCCAGCCAACUCAUGUCUAAAUUUGUGUUAAACAAAUAAAGUUGAAAUGAAUUGAAAAAACAAAUAAUAGACACAGAAAAUACAUAAUAAAAUUCAAAGCUAAGCGAAGUAAGAGCGCACAGCGAAGAGCGCGGAGGAGCGAAGCAAACAUCCAAGACACACGUAACACCCAGAGACAUGAACAUUGACGUUUAUUUGAUGACAGUCUGUUGAAGGGUGAAGAGAAGAUAGUGAGUACGGCGCGGAAAUCAACCGACUCAUAACGAAUUCCGCGAUUUUUUCCAUUCAAAUUUAAAGAAACCUCGAAACGGAAUUUUUUUCUUCUUCUCGACAAAAGUUAUUUAUUACACAACCGCUCCAGCAGCAAGUUAGUUAGCAGCUAUUACUCCCUUUUUUGUGUUAACAUAUUGCUCGCCAUUGGGAAGCUGCCAGCCAACAUUGUUAGGAAAAAAACGAUAAAUUUUACUAAAUUUAAAAUUCUUGUGGAAAAGGAGGUCUGGAGAGCAGCAAAAAAAAAAAGUAAAUAAAUAAAAGAAAAACAAUAUUGUAGACGAUUUUUAAAUAACAAUGACCACUACAACAUCGGUUCCUGCAGCCUCCAGUAAUAAUAGUAGUAGUAAUAACAACAAUACCACCGCAACCAAAGCAACAACAACAGUCACCGCCGAUAACAACAAUAGCAGCAGCACCACCACCAACGUCAGCAAUACCACCAACACCGUUGUUUCCACAACAAACACUGACUCCAAAAUAAACAGCAACAACAACAACACCACCAAGGAGACAAAUUGCAGCAUGCCCCAGUCAACAACAAUAGCUGCCACCACAUCAUCCUCAUCAGCAUCCACAGUAACAGUGACAACCCCCACAACUACCAAUGAAAUAACGGUAACCACUCCGCCCAAUGUUGUACUGCAGCGAGCCGUAACUAUUACCCCCAUCAUGAAUCAUCCAGCCCCCUCGUUAACACCGGGAAAUUUCACCCGGACCAUGCAAACCGAUGAAGAUUUCAAUAUACGUUUUGUAAAUCUCGUCCGAAAUCACAAGUGUUUGUACGACAAAAAGGUGCCCGAAUAUCGCAAUCGUGACAAUCAGGAGAAGGCCUGGUAUCAAAUUUCGUUGGAGACCAAAGAGAGUGUUAUUCACUGCAAAGAACGCUGGCGUAACUUGCGAGCCUGCCUCUCACGCUACAUCAAACAGCAGAGUGGCAAUGAUCCCCAACACAAACCCUAUUACCUAACCGAGCACAUGGCAUUUCUUUUGCCUUUCCUGAAAUCGACCAGAAAUUCUCUAGAUGGCAAUAGUAGUUUGGCCACCCUCUAUCAAUAUUCCCAACAACAACACCAACUGCAACAACAGCAACAACAAAAUAAUUCAAUAUCCACCACGCUACAGGUUAUGGUGCCACCGCAACAAUUAAACUACAAAGAUCAUGGACUGGAGGUGAAACAUUCCCUGUCCGACAAUGAGGAUGAAGAAACCAUUGAUGCUUUUGAUCCGGCCAUAGCGGCAAACAUGCACAUGCAACAACAUCCCAAUUCGCCGCCUUUGAGUGAUACAGCUAGCGCCAAUACAAUGCAAAAUUUCAUACCCGAUGUCCAGCUAUCUGAGUUGAGAACACCCGAUGGAGCGGUUCAGGAUUAUGUGAACACAAAUAUACGGCGAGAUUCACAUCAUGAUUUUCUGCAUGAACCCAAACGCAUUAAAACCGAGUGCCAUGCCAGUGAGGCAACCACAACGGCCCAGUUGCAUAUGUAUGCCGGCGAACAGGCCGACAUGGAAUUCUUUCGCAGCAUAUUACCCGAUAUUGCGGCGCUGACACCCCAUCAGAAGCGAAAAUUGAAAAUCGGUAUCCUAGAGCUAAUCGAUGAUGUGGUGGAGCGAUAUCCACUGGAACGAAGUACAAAUAAUGCCAACCACACAAGCAACAAUAAUGUGACUAGUCAAACCACCCCCAAUGCAAGCAGCAAGACACGGCGAAAUUCCUCACGAGGAGAUUGGCACAAAUAGAUGGGCAACAGACAGCCCAGCCAUCCACUUCUUAAUCUAAUCAAAAAACAUAAAUCUAGUUUAAAUUUUAAAAUAAUUGUAAUAGAAAUUAUACAAGAACGAAAAACGUAACUAUGUUGCUCAAGAAGACAACAACCAAUCAUCGUCCCCCCCAUCAUCAUACACUACAAUCAAUGUGUUGUAAUGCAUUAUCAAAGAAAAAUUUGUUGUUAUUUUUUA